ACAACAAGAAAAAAAAACGCUUUUCGCAAAGUGGUGGCUUUAUUAUUCGCAAAAUCAAUCGUUUUUCAGUGAAUUUCCGGCAGUAAAAUACUAGCAUACGGUACAAUUGAACGGCAGCAACGAUAUUCACAGACACCGGCCGAAGAGCAAAGUGCGAAACUGUCGCGAUGACGAUCUUCAAGCUGGAGCGCUUUCCGCACGUCUGUCGGACCUGUUUGCAGCCGAAGACGGCCGCCAAACCGAUGACCGAACUGAACGAGCAUAGCUCAAUCGAACCCGACACCAAACUGGACGACGUGCUAGACGAUUUUACCUUCCCUGUUCCGGCGGAUUUGAAGCAUCUCAUCCCAAGUGCCAUUUGUGACCGGUGUUUGGAGCAGUUAAAUCAGUUCCUAGCGUACCGGAAGCGGUUAAAUUAUCUGCUGAAAUUUAUGUUCGGAUUGGCUCUGGUUAAGAGGGCAGACACUUCGGCGCUGGAGGAACUGUUCAAAGAGAAGGAUUACGUUUUGGCGCUGUUGAAGGAGCUGAACGUUCUGGAGGGCGAUGUGGAAGUGGGACUCAACGAGCUGCUGGAGGAAUUUCCGCAGUAUGAUAUCGAUUCCAUGCCGGACGUGAAGAAUGAGGGCCGCGACGGAGUGGAUAGCUCUAUCAGAGAAGUUAUGGAAAGUGCGCUGAUCAAGGUGGAAGUGGACGACACCGGAAUGAUCGUGGAAUACCUAGAAAGUGCGGUCAAGCGUCGGCGGGGACGUCCCAAGGCGAUUAAAAAAGAGGAUAAACCUAAACGGAAACCGGGGCGGCCGAAGAAGGCUACCGAUGAGUCGGAUGAGGAUGAUCAGCCGUUGAAACGGCUGAAGUUGGAAGCGUUGAAAGCAUCCCAAGGCGGCGAAAUCACUGGAGAGGAAGAGCAUCUCGUGUUGGACGAGAAUGACAUGAUCGAGGAGCGGUUAUCAAACGCUUCGGAGCACUUCGCCGACCAGGAUUUGUCCGAGAUGCUGGAGAACACGGACGAACACAUUCAGGAUCUGGAUGAUGACGAUUCGGAGGGAGAUUUUCAGCUGGAUGAAUCGCUAGUGAGACCUAGCAAGCCGCGCAACAAACACGGCAAACGGUCACCGCCCAAGUCGGAAAGGAGAAGCGAACUGAUGCACUGUGAUAAGUGCAAGUUUAAAACGUAUUAUCCGCACACGUACGACCUGCACAUGGAUAAGCAUUACAGACGUGAGAUGUAUCCAAACCUGCAACGGUGUAAACGAUGCGACCUGCACUUCGAAUCGAAAAAGGAACUGGACAAGCACAAACGCUUGGAGCACAGGGAUUUCAUGUGCGACACUUGCGGUCUGUCGUUUGAGCAAAAGUUCGCUCUGGAAACGCACCGGAAGCGACACGAAAGCGUGCGGCAGUUCAAAUGCGAGUACUGUCCCAUGGAGUACUACACGCGGCCGGAGAUGCUCCUGCAUGUUAAACAGGCGCACCUGAAUGCAUUCGAAGUCAAGUGCCCCGACUGUGGGCUGAGCUUCAAAACGAAAUCCACUCUGAAUCAGCAUGUUAAGACGCACACGAAUCAGCGGACGCACACGUGCAGCGUCUGCGGGUACGGCUUUAAGUCCUACACCCAUCUGAACAGGCACGUUAAAUCGGUUCACCAGGACGUGCGGUUCAAGUGCGACCACUGCGAGAUAUCCUACGGUCGAAAGGACAAACUCCGCAUGCACAUGGAGAAAACACACAAUAUCCAAACAUACUUUGUCUGUGAUAUUUGCCUGCAGUCGUACAACUCCAAAGAUAAACUGGACGAUCAUAAGGUUCACCACGAAAAUCCCAAACCGCUGCAGUGCGGCGUGUGUCUGGCCGCCCAUGUGACACAAGAAGAGUUCGAGCAGCAUCUGUGCAUCACCUACAAAGACAGCUACGUUUGCUGCAACCGGGACUUCAAGUACCACUUCUACUACAACAAGCACAUGUUCUUGGCACACGGCAUGAAAACCAACGUUCGUGUGAAACCCACCGGAGGUCUCCUGCUGGGACAGGUUCGCGCUCUUAGGAAACAAGCGGAACGUUGUCCUCGCUGCGAACAGGAAUUCGCCACCCGGAACCUGAAGAAACAGCACAUGCUAUCGUGUCGGGGACCGAACACGGCAGCCACUACAACUAGCAUUGGGGAAACUUCCGACACGGCGGAAGGAGCUGGUUCCGUGGUGUCCGUGCAGCCACCGGUACCGCCAACGACAACGACGGCGGGAGUCGAAACCACGUACGAGAUCGAGUACAUCGACAACUACGACCCGGACGAGGACGGCGAGACCAUGCAAAGGUUGGAGAUUGUGUAAUGUGGGGAAUGUGUGUAAGGAAAGGAUGUC